AUGUAUUGCAACUACUUUGGAAACUCAUGUAGGAGCUACGGCUGUGGCCUGGGCUAUGGCUGUGGGUAUGGCUCCCUCUAUGGCUGUGGCUACUAUGGUUCUGGAUAUGGCUGUGGCUAUGGUUCCAGAUAUGGCUGUGGCUAUGGUUCCGGAUAUGGCUGUGGAUAUGGUCCCAGAUAUGGCUGUGGAUAUGGUUCCGGAUACGGCUGUGGCUAUGGUUCCGGAUAUGGCUGUGGUUAUGGUCCCAGAUAUGGCUGUGGCUAUGGCUCCAGAUAUGGCUGUGGCUUUGGAUCUUCUUUCUGUGGUUAUGGCCUGGGCUAUGGCUGUGGGUAUGGCUCCCUCUAUGGCUGUGGCUACUAUGGUUCUGGAUAUGGCUGUGGCUAUGGUUCCAGAUAUGGCUGUGGCUAUGGCUCUGGAUAUGGCUGUGGAUAUGGUUCCGGAUAUGGCUGUGGUUAUGGUCCCAGAUAUGGCUGUGGCUAUGGCUCCAGAUAUGGCUGUGGCUAUGGAUCUUCUUUCUGUGGUUACCGUCCUGUUGUCUACAGGAGAUGCUAUUCUUCUUGCUGCUAA